UGUAUGUUAACAAAAGUUUAUAAUAAAGAGUUCUGUCUAUUUUGUUUAAUUUCAACUGGAUAUCAGACUGAUGAUAAGUGUGUUUUGGCAAUGAAUCAAUAAAAUGACAUUACUGCGUUGGAAGCUGUUGUUGGAAUUUACCGCCGCUCUGUUGCGAUGACACAUACAAUUCCUGCAAUGUUUACACACUUUGUGUUCUAUUAGACCUAACAAGUAGGUUCCAAUGCUGUUUGCUAUAUCUGACGCUACAGUUAAAAGUUAAAACAGUUGAACAUGGGUAAACGUAUUGAAAAAAGGAGUUGAUUUCGAAAGAUAGUUUCUUUAAUAUCAAGACUGUCCAUUGAAACGACGGACAAAGGAAUGUAUGAAGUGUUUAUUAUAUAUGAUGAGACAGAUUUGUAUACAGAAGAAACACUUUUUCCUGUUUUCGAAUACCAAAAGCUGGAAUAUUGUUCAUUAUAUCACUUUCCAGGAAAGACAAUAUCUGGCAGCCUUGAAACAUUAGAGUCAUUUCCCGAUAAAAUACUUAUCAUAUUAUCUGACCAGUUGUGUCAAAACGAAAGGGAAAAAUUUGCAAUUGAAUGUGUUCUUCAGUUUGCCAUUCAUAUAUACGGGAAUGCCACGAAGGUUUUUGAUCACAUUAUAACCUUUAUAACUACUGGCUCAAUAACUAAAAUGAAUGGUUUAUCCAAACUGUUGAAAACUACUAUCAUUUAUAACCAUUCAUUAGUUUCCAUUAUGGAUCUUAUAUCACAAAUCAGAUCAAAGCUUAAUCCAUAUUGUAACGUUCUCAGCAAAAAUGGUAUUGUUGGGACUUUAGGUUUGCAUGGAUUGACCAUUAAACAUUUAGAAUCACAAAUAUUUGGUCUAUUGAUUUCAACACAAAAUCUCUGUGUACAAAUCGACUUGGAUGAAUUUUUCAGAUAUCGACAAAAACAUCAAGAUCACAAAAUAGUAGACGUUUUGGGACAAAAAGACGUUUUGAGAAGUCCUAACACUAAAGUUUUGAUUAUACUAGAUAAUAACUCCGAUAGAUUCAAGGAAGCCGUGUCUGAUAUUUCUAAUAUUUGUUCAUCUUUAAUUUGUUAUAACAGUGACUUUGAACCUUUGGAAUUAGUGUGUUCUGUUGCUGGAAAGUAUGAUUCUGCUGAAGAAAACUUUCUGAUGGACAUUUACCCAAAAGCGUGGUACGGAUUUACACGAAAAGCUGUUACUGAUAUUGCACAGCCGCGUUUUGAAAGAUAUAGUAGUGUUGAAGAAAGAACGAAUUCGUUUCCUACAGUGUGGAUUAAAAAUGAUUUAGAUCAGGUUCAAAAGAUUGCCCAGGCUGGUUUUUUCUACCCAGGAGUUGGAUUAAAUGGACAGUGUUACUCCUGUGGCUUUAAUCUCACCAAUAUAAAAUAUCAUACAAAUCCGCUCACAAAACACGCUUCCCAAUACCCCGAAUGUAAAUUCAUCAAAGAAACUUUAUCAGAGGAAGAAAUACAGAAUGCAAUUUUACAAUUCAAUGAUGCUAAUAAAAAAUUUAAUUUUGCAUCUCAACUUGAAAAAAUGUAUAGCACUUUAGAAUCUAGAAUGGAAACAUUUAAAGCAUUAUGUACAUGUAAUAUAAGUGCGUUGGGUGUAAAACGAUGGGCAGAAGCUGGAUUUUUUUGUGUCGCGUUGAAUUAUAUUCAGUGUUUCAGAUGCUGUGUGAGACUCUUUCACAUUCCACAAAAUGAAAACACUUGGGCAAUACAUGCAAUUCUAUCUCCAAAAUGUCCCCAUGUAUGUGAAAAGAAGGGAAAAGAAUUCAUAUCAGAUUUGCGCCUUUCAAAGGAACUUUCACUUUUUCCGAAGCAAACAAUUAUAACAAUUAAGGGAAUGUAUGACAAUACCCAAACUGACACUGCAGAAUAUCUUUUCAGACCAUGGUAGUCACAAAGCAGGUCAUCAGAUAACAGAGAUAUGUUGGGCUACCAUGGUAAAUGUUGUCUUUUUGUAUAGAUUACCUGGUCUUUAAAUAUAUUUUAUUUUAUGUAUA